CCCAGUGGGCUUGUGCAGAACGAGACAUCCAAUCUUGAAUGCUGGGCUUCACUCUCCUAGAUGAGAUUGGGUGCUGUGUGAUUCUGCAAGAAUUCGCUUUCCGUUGUGGAGACAGAAGAUCCGACACCCCCAGUUUACAGGGGGAGAGGUUCUGUUUAAAUUGAGUUCAGGCCCCUGCCUCCCAUCCCUCUUCCUGAGAGCAGAUUCUCAACCUUUGUGUUAAACCCGGAGCAGUGGCCUUAUCGGAGAAUCUGUGUCUGUGAUGAAUCCUAGUUCCGUAACCUCAAGGCAGAGCUGACAUCUCAGGACCCAGAGCCUGGCCUGUGGGACAGAACACACCUCAGAGAGAGCCCCGCUGGGUCCACACAAAGCCCUUCUCACCCAGCCCCACAGAGCUGCCUCUGCCUUCCAGAGAUCAUGGCAGAUACCCCGCAGGAGGGGAAGCUGACCUGCUUCCUGGACUUCACCCAGGUGGUGGAUAUGGCGUCCGAGACCAUCGGAGGGAAGAUUUUAUUCGCAACAGAUGACUUUUAUGCUCCAGCUGAAAACCUCUUAAAGAGCGACAGCCCGACAUUUAAAGAACACGAGUACACUGAGUUUGGGAAGUGGAUGGAUGGCUGGGAGACCAGGCGGAGGAGGGUUGCGGGUCAUGACUGGUGUGUCAUCAGGUUGGGGAUCGAAGGCAUCAUCCUUUGCUUUGACGUGGACCUCGCGCACUUCGCUGGGAACCACCCACCCCGGGUGUCCAUCCAGGCUGCCUACCUGGGAGAAGGUAAAUUGCCAGAGAUACCACCACGAGGGGACAGGACGGGAACCGCAGCUAGCCUUGAAGAGUUUGCCACUAUCUCGGAGUUGCAGUCGGAGCACUGGAGUCACUUGGUGCCCAUGACCGAGCUUAAACCAGGAACCCUCACCUUCAGCCACAACUAUUUCCUGGUCAGUUCCCGGCAGAGGUGGACACACGUGCGCCUGAACAUCUUCCCAGAUGGUGGGAUCGCCCGCCUCAGGGUAUACGGUACUGGACAGAAAGACUGGGUCACAGCAUACCCCAAAGAACCUGUGGAUUUGGCUGCCAUCGUUUUUGGGGGCAUCUGUGUAGGAUUUAGCAAUGCCCACAUUGGACACCCCAAUAAUAUGAUAGGAGUUGGCAAGGCCAAGUCCGCAGUGGAUGGCUGGGAGAUCGCACGGCGGCUGGACCGGCCCCCGGUGUUAGAGACGGACGAGAAGGGCCUUCUCCUAGGCCCAGGGGGUGAGUGGGCCGUCUUCCGGUUGGCCCAUCCUGGGGUUAUAACGCAAAUCGAAAUUGACACGAAACAUUUCAAAGGGAACUCUCCGGACAGCUGCAAGGUGGACGGGUGCAUCCUGACCAUGCAGGAGGAAGAGGACGCAGCCAAGAGCCAGUGGCUGCUGCCGGCCUCCAAGUGGAAAUCGCUGCUGCCGACCACCAAGCUGUUGCCGGACCAGAGUCACCAGUUCGACAGCCUCACGCUGGAACUGCAGGACGUCAUCACGCAUGCCAGGCUCAGCAUCGCCCCGGACGGGGGCGUGAGCCGCCUACGCCUGCGCGGUUUCCCCAGCUCCAUCUGCCUGCUGCGGGUGGGGAAGAGGCCCGCCCGGCUCUUCGAAGACUGUCAGCAAGGUCAGCCUUAGUCUUGGCCCCGCAGCUAAUAAAGUGCUUGUGGCAUA